AUGGAGGUGACUAGUACUCGUCCGAGGAAACGCCGAUGCGUCAAAGAGCGCGUCCGUGUCACGAGGGCGUGCGAUGCUUGCAAAAGAAAGAAGCUCCGCUGCUCGGGUACUCUUCCGUGCUCUCUAUGCCAGCGUUCGAGUCAGAGCUGUGAAUAUACCACAAGCUAUACGAGGGGGAAGGCGCCUCCUAUCCCAACGCUCCAUCAACCUACAGUCAAUAGCAAUGUUGCCGAGCAUCAUACACCAAGUAAACCAGUCCCUGAUGUAAACCAAAUGCCUGCAUCCCCGGAUGCAGAGGUGAUAGAAGGUCAUUUGUUGUCUCGUGUCGAUGGAGACGCCAGUAACCUGCCGUCACGAGACUCACCAGAGCCGCAUCAAACUGACAUGGAAGGUCAUUAUGUCGGACCCUCCUCAGGCGUCUCAUUCUUACUCCGUAUUCAGAAAAGACUCCAUGAGAAUAUCGCAUUUCCAUUGAAUACGCCCAUCUUUAGUUUUGGCGAUGCUCCUCUGCCCAAAUCGGACCCGUCCUUCCUUCUGCUCCCCAGCAAGAAUGAAGCUAGAGAGUUAGUCAAUAGAUACUUUGACUUUGCGUUUCCCACGCAUCGCUUCCUCUACCAGCCGCAGGUGGAAUGCUGGCUUGACGAACUUUACAACCAUCUCCUGGAGCCCCACCCGCUUGGACCUGGAGAACGGACAAUCAGAGCACUGCUCCUCAUGGUUUUCGCACAGGCAUCACAAUAUAAGCCGGAGUCCGGUAAUAACUUGGAAGAUUCACGUAUGAGCGCAGUCUACUUUGGUGCGGCAGAGCACCACCUGGCAGCCGAGACUGGGCCCAUUCGAGUGACCAGUGUGCAGGCACGUCUGGCUCAAUGCUUCUAUCUUCUGUCGCAGUCUCGUAUCAACCACUGCUGGAGCCUCUUCGGCACGACGGCUCGUCUUGCCAUCGCCAUUGGUCUACAUCGAAAGCGUCGCCGAGAGCACCCGAAUACAGUCAACCUUAUUGAACAAGAGUGCUCAAAGAGAGUCUUCUGGUGUGCGUAUAGCUUGGACAAUUAUCUGAGUGCUGCUUUGGGUCGUCCUCGGAUCUUCCAUGAUGACGAGAUUGACCAAGAAUUCCCUGAGAUUGCCGAAGAUAGACAGAUCACGGUGACCUCCAUCCUUCCGCCAACCUCGAGUACUCAGAGCAUCAUGUUGGCCCCCGUCUACCAUGCAAAGCUGUCCAAGAUUAUCAGCGGUGUUUUACAUGACUUGUACGGUAUUCAGCGGUCCACACUGGCGGUCCAAGCCUCAGCUGCGGCGAGAUACGCAGCGGAAAUGGCCCAAUGGCGAAAAGAGCUGUCUGAGUUCGUCGACCUUCCCAAUGUAAACUUACUCAAGAUUACCUAUCAGCGACAAUUCACCGUCUUGAAUCUCGCGUUCUAUCAUGCACAGAUCUUGCUGUAUCGCCCAUUUCUCUUGAAGGGCUUCACACUCCUCAGCAAAGGGCCUAGCAGGCGAAACGAUAGGCUACAGGGAACGAUCGACCAGAAUAUCAAGUCUUGCUUGGAAGCGGCCAUGAAGGUUGUUUCCAUUGUCCAUGAUCUGUCCACGAAUGGAAAGAUGUACCGGGCUUUUUGGUUUACCCAUUAUUAUGCGUUCUCCGCCAUCGUUGUACUAUAUGUCCACUACAUCCGUAGUCGCUCUCGCCAGAGUACAACUGAUGCAGAUCUUGCGUACUACAUGGCUGGUAAACAGGGCCAAGACGACCUAGCAUCCUGCGGUUCGCAAGCGUCCUUCUCCCAGCGUUAUGUGAUGGUUUUGGAGGAGCUUCGCAAGGAGGCGCACAAGGCCAUAAUCCAGGGACAUCAGGAGUCAGUCGAUGCGCCACCCACGAAUAGGCCAGGUUCAGGCGCAACUGAGAGUGGAACCUCAAGACCCGAAGAGCUUGAUCAGUUGAGAAAUGCCGCUGACUCUCAAGGGAUUGGAGGAUACCCCGCCACAAGUGACAGGCUCGACGAUAUUUCCGGCUCCGUGCAAGUAUCCUAUCAUAGGGUGCAGCCUGCGAGCUCAUUUCAAUUCCCGUCAGCACCACAAGAAUCCGACGUGGGGUCUCUACAAGGCAUCAGCCCAGAGUCGUAUGUCGCGGAUCUGGCUAGCUGGGGUGAAUUUGACUCUCUCGCGGCGACUGGGCUGGGGGACUUUGGCAACCUCUUUCCGUUUGAUAUGUCCACCGGUCAGGUAUCGGCCCUCUUAGCGCCCGUCGUUGCCCUCAAUAUCUGGACCUUCGUCAUGGAGGGCUGGAUGUAUAAAACACGGAUCCCAGUGUACACCAAGAUGAAUCUCAGGAACACCAGCACAAAGCGCGAACUCGAUGCGAUGACGCCGGCGAAUGUUCGAUGGAAGGCCGACAAUUACAACCACCUGAUGGAGCAGCCAACCCAGUUUUACGCGAUAGCCCUCGUGUUGGCCCUGGCCGGCAAGGAUGACAAGGUCGACAUCAUGCUGACCUGGUCCUAUGUGGCCGUCCGCGUUGUGCACAGUCUGGUGCACUCUACAAACAACCAUAUUAUGACCCGGUUUUCCCUAUUCGUAACCUCUUCGGUAAUCUUGGCGGUUAUGACUGGACGGGCCGCGUUGCUGGUCUUCUGA